ACUUCUCCUCUAAUCCAAAGUAAAACACCUUUUGUCCGAAGCAAAACUCACAACAAACACGUCUUUCGAUGAAAGCCGCCGUUUUCCGGAAACCAAUCGACGAGGAGGAAGAAGAAGAAGAAGUAUGUAAUGUCUUCGACAGCGAGACUCAAACGACGUCGUCACACGACACCAAGAACAACCUCAAGGGCUUCUUCACUUCCUUGCUCUCGAUGGAGGAGAAGCACGACCAGAAAAGAGCCAGAACCAUCUCCGAGGAGGAAAACGGAGAUACUACUACCAAUCGUAAGAAGCCACGUGCCUCACGUGAUGUAACCGAAUCCGAACCGGUUCAGCAGAGGCGGUUAUGGGUCAAAGACCGGAGCCGAGCGUGGUGGGAAGAAGAGUGCAACCGUUUCGACUACCCGGAGGACGACUUCAAAAACGCGUUUCGGAUGUCCAAAUCCACGUUCAACUUAAUCUGCGACGAGCUGAACGCCGCGGUCGCGAAAGAAAACACCGCUUUGCGAAACGCGAUUCCCGUGCGUCAGCGAGUAGCGGUCUGCGUUUGGCGGUUAGCGACAGGGGAGCCGCUGCGUCUCGUCUCCAAGAAGUUCGGUUUAGGGAUCUCGACCUGCCACAAGCUCGUCCCCGAGGUGUGCAAAGCGAUCAAAGACGUUCUGAUGCCGAAGUACCUCCAGUGGCCUGACGAGGAGUCGUUGAGAAGCGUUGGAGAAACGUUCGAAGCGGUUUCGGGUAUUCCGAAUAUUGUCGGCUCGAUGUACACGACUCAUAUCCCGAUCAUAGCUCCUAAGAUCAGCGUGGCUGCUUAUUUUAAUAAAAGACACACCGAGAGGAACCAGAAGACUUCUUACUCGAUCACGAUCCAAGCCGUUGUGAACCCGAGAGGUGUUUUUACUGAUUUGUGCAUCGGAUGGCCCGGGUCGAUGUCUGAUGACCAGGUGCUGGAGAAGUCGCUGUUGUAUCAGAGAGCUAACAGCGGAGGCCUUUUAAAAGGCUCGUGGGUCGCUGGUGGGCCGGGACAUCCGUUGUUGGACUGGGUUUUGGUUCCGUACGCGCAGCAGAAUUUGACGUGGACGCAGCACGCGUUUAACGAGAAGAUGGGCGAGGUGCAGAGAGUGGGUAAAGAAGCGUUUGGGAGGUUGAAAGGGCGGUGGGCGUGUCUGCAGAAGAGGACUGAGGUGAAGCUUCAGGAUUUGCCUACGGUGUUGGGGGCGUGCUGUGUGCUUCAUAAUAUAUGUGAGAUUAGAGAGGAGAAGAUGGAGGCGGAGCUGAUGGUUGAUGUGGUUGAUGAUGAGGUUUUGCCUGAGAAUGGAUUGAGGUCGGUUAGUGCGAUGAAGGCAAGAGAUGAUAUCUCGCAUGAUUUAUUGCAUCACGGACUCGCGGUUUCUCUGUUGAUCAAAUUCAUAAUUAUGGUUCGUUUCCCAUCGGAAGAUCGGCAUGCACCAGUGAACUCGACGGUGGUUGCCAUUGACAAAGACAAGAACAGUCACUAUGCUGUUCGUUGGGCCGUCGAACAUCUCUUUAAUCUGAUCGACAAUCGCAACAUGAUUCUAGUACACGUUCGUCUUAAAAAUUCAAACCAUGGAGGAAACGUUAACGAUGAAUUAAACAAGCUUUUUAUUCCAUACAGGGGUUAUUGUGCACGAAAAGGGAUUUCAAUGAUGGAGGUCAUUCUUGAUGAUAUCGACGUUGCGAACGCAAUAUUGGAUUACGCUAACAAUAACCUAGUGAACAACAUCGUGUUGGGAUCAACAUAUUCAAAGAACCCAUUCGCAAGAUCUCUCAAGUUCACUAAAUCCCAUGACGUUGCAGCUUCCGUUCUAAAAUCAACACCUGAGUUUUGUUCCGUCUAUGUCAUCUCUAAAGGCAAAGUCCAGUCCUCACGUGCAGCUCAAAGACCUAUCACCAAUACCCUUGCCCCACCUCGUGCACCUACGUUUCAUCUCCAAAACCUACCUGACCCUGACCAAGAUCAUCAUUUACCUAGGGGCCAGCGUAAUGGAAGAAACAUAACACCAGAGAGGUAUCGUCCUCAUGAGAAUGGCUUCAAUGCUGUGAGAGAAAGGCACAAAAGUGCUGCCAAUUAUGAUUUUAACCAGCCAAUGGGUCAAAGGAACUUUGAUGAACCGGAUUUUGGGACUAGGAUGAUGGGUUCCAUUGAUCAAUCUGCUCAUAACUUUGAUAUCAUUGGUUCUACUAGUUCUUCUGAUGAAUCAGUUUCACAAUCAAAUAAAGAUGUUGAAGCUGAGAUGAGAAGGUUAAAGAUUGAACUCAAGCAAACGAUGGACAUGUACAGUUCAGCCUGCAAAGAAGCACUAGAUGCAAAACAGAAGGCAAAUGAGCUUAACAAGUGGAAACUGGAAGAAACUCUAAGGUUUGAGGAAGCUAGGAGUGCUGAAGAGGCAGCCCUGGCUGUUGCGGAGACGGAGAAGGCCAAGUGCAAAGCUGCAAUGGAAGCAGCUGAGAAAUCUCAGAGGAUGGCAGAUUUGGAAGGACAAAGAAGGAAGCAAGCAGAGAUGAAAGCAAGAAGGGAGUCACAAGAGAAAGACCGCGCUAUUAGCGCUUUGGUGCAGAACGAUGUCAGGUACAGAAGAUACUCUAUAGAAGAGAUUGAAGAGGCUACUGACCGAUUCGCGAGCAACAGACAAAUAGGAGAAGGUGGAUACGGACCGGUCUUUGAAGGCACACUUGAUCACACUCCUGUUGCUAUUAAAGUCUUGAGAGCUGAUGCUGCUCAAGGAAAGAAACAGUUUAACCAAGAAGUGGAGGUUCUAAGUUGCAUCAGACACCCUCACAUGGUUCUUCUCCUCGGCGCCUGUCCGGAGUACGGAUGCUUGGUGUAUGAGUUCAUGGAGAACGGGAGCUUAGAGGAUAGACUCUUCCGCAGAGGAAACUCGCCGCCUCUUUCUUGGAGGAAGAGGUUCCAAAUAGCAGCGGAGAUUGCUACAGCACUCUCCUUCCUUCACCAAACAAAGCCAGAGCCACUUGUUCACCGUGAUUUAAAACCUGCCAACAUACUCUUGGAUAGAAACUACGUGAGCAAGAUUAGUGACGUUGGGUUAGCUCGGUUAGUCCCUGCGUCGGUGGCUGAUACCGUCACACAGUACCACAUGACAUCUGCUGCAGGGACGUUCUGUUAUAUCGACCCGGAGUACCAGCAGACGGGUAAGUUAACGACGAAGUCAGACGUAUAUUCGGUGGGGAUAAUGCUGCUUCAGAUCAUUACUGCGAAGAGUCCAAUGGGUUUGGCCCAUCAUGUGUCGAGGGCGAUUAGUAAAGGAACUUUUAAGGAUAUGCUUGACCCGGUGGUGACUGAUUGGCCUGUUGAAGAAGCUAUGGCUUUUGCUAAGUUGUGUCUAAAAUGUGCAGAGCUAAGGAAGAAAGAUAGACCAGAUCUUGGGAAGGAUAUAGUUCCAGAGCUUGUUCGGUUAAGAAACUUUGGUAUGGAUAAGGAGUCAGGUGCAUUGUGAUACAUACAAAACCCUGAACAAAAUCUUUUGCUUUCUUCUGUGAAAAGCUUUAUUAAUUAUAAA